UUGGCAAACAAAUACACUGAAAAUUCUUAUUCAUACUCAGGCAAUGUCAUGUCAAGGUCUUUCUAAGCAUUUAUAUUCACAGCGGCGUUAUAGAGGGUUUUGUACGCUCUCCAAUGAAAGGAAUCAUUACCUCUUACUGCGUGUGUUGACAUGAUGUUUUAGAGGGCAAGGAAGGUGAUUUGGUAACAGAGUCCUCCAAUUACAUUAGCCGUCAUACGACGCGUCAAAGCUCCGUGAAGGUGACCCCAUUCCCUCAGAUCUGUCCAAAUAGUCGCAUACGGUGCUCGCCACCAGGUCGGUGAACCCACAUGCCUUCGCGCACGUCGUCAAGUGCAUUUCUAUAUUGAGAAAAAGUAGACUAAACGCAGCCAAGCCAAACGUCAGAUGUUAAGCCAUGAGCGUCAAAGCAAGCACACCGGACCAUGCGGAUGAGAUGGAGGUUGAACUAAGGACUGGAGACUCGGAAGAAGAAGAAAAGCAGUCGAAAACAUGCUGCCAGAAGAUCCGCAGUCAACCUAUUGGUCGUGUCAUUGUCCUGUUAGCCUCCUUCUCUACGAUGGUCAUCAUAGGGGGCAUGGUAUACAACGUAGGGAUGUUAUAUGUCGUCUUUCUGGACCAGUUUAAGGCGGAUAGAGCAACGACGGCAUGGAUUGGGUCGCUUCAGUUUGGAAUGUUGAAUGUGGCAGGUCCAGUUGCUGGGGUAAUCUCUCAAAAAUUCAGCUGCAGGUUCAGCGUGAUAAUAGGUGGACUACUGGUAUCAACAGGGUUGGUUGUAAGUGCUUUUGCCACCAGUGUCUAUUACCUAAUAGCUUCAUGUGGACUAUUAGUAGGUAUUGGCUAUGGUCUGUCAUACUCUCCCUCCGUUGUUAUGGUUGGACUGUUAUUUGCCAGACGCAGGAUCCUAGCAACAGCAUUUGCCGUGGCAGGGAUGAGCAUCGGGCAGCUUUCUUACCCCUUCCUUAUCGAGAAUUUAGUGCAUAAAUUUGGCUGGAGGGGUGCAUUGCUCCUUAUGGGAGGCAUUGCACUACACAUCGUAUUGUUUGGGUUUCUUAUGAGUCCUACAAUUGCCUAUGCAGGACGCAGCACUACCAAGAAGGGACCACCACCAACACAUAAAAAACAAAUGGUCACAGAUCCAGGGAUUCUUUGUAACCCUCACUUUGACAUCUAUGUAUUCAGUCUGUUUUUAUUUGCUUUUGGACUGUCAAUUGUGUCAGUCCAUCUCCCUGCCCUUGGGAAUGAGAUUCAUUUGAAUGCAGAUCAGAGAGCAAGACUCAUGUCAUUUAUGGGCAUGGCAAACCUCCUGGGGCGUAUUAUCCUCGGGAUAAUAGGUAACAGUGGAAAAGUAGGCGUGGUGCUUCUUCACUGUAUCACCUGUGGUUUCUCUGGACUUGUGAUGGUGUUCUAUUCACAGUGUCAUUCCUUUACAGCAUUGGUGCUCACAUCCAUGGCCUAUGGAUUGUUUAGCUGUGGAUUUGCUCUCUUUUUAUCUCUCGUUGCCAUCGAAUUGCUAGGUCUGAGAAAUAUUGCCUUUGGUCUGGGAAUUGCAAUGAUGGGAGUGGGAUUUGGACUCUUCACGGGUGCACCUACUGGAGGAUGGCUUUUUGAUUUAUCUGGUAGCUAUAAUGUUCCAUUCUAUGUUGGUGGGGCCAUCGUCAUCUGCAGUGGACUAAUAAUGUUACCAUCCUGGCGAUUAUAUGUCCAUCCAGCAGAACAUGAUAAAAUUACCAUGAAAGAUGAUGAAGAAGAUGAAGAGGAUGAAGGAGAAGAAGAAGAAGAUGAAGAAAAGAAUAUUCAAAGUUCAGAGAGUCCUGUUACAGAAGAAAUCCCACUUAACCCAGUAGAAUCAGAAAACGAAGUUAUUAAAGAUGAUAAUGAGAAGCAAAAUGAAGAAAUACAGUAAGUUCAGGAAUGGCGAGCUUCCAACGAACAAAGCAGCAGUUUAACUUCACUUGUGGCAGCAACCUAACACAGCGGGAUGCAAAAAUCCAAUUACAGACAGAUUCCAGGAAAUGUCAGACUCAGCUUAGUUCUGCAGUGAUAUUGAUGGAUGCAAGGGGAUUUAAUAAUGACAAAAAAAGACUGUAUCAUCUGCAGAGACAUGAAGCAAAAGGGUGAAAUUCCUGUUACUUACAGCACUUGUUACACUGUCGUUACAAUAUUGGUGCUUUUAAUUUACACUUUGUAGUCACAUUUUAUUUGGAAGUAUGAAAUAAAUGAAUUUCCACCUAGAUAAGCAUGUCGACUAACAUGAUAAUUAGAACUGCACAAACAUGAACAUUAGCCUAUCGAUGGCUGAAUGGAUAAAUCACGUCUGGUACACAGGUCAUUUAACUGCUUGUUUAAAACACAGAUCAAAAAGCUGUGUCCAAAUGUGAAACCCCAUCUCAGCUGUUAUCUGAAAUAUGAACAGCAUCCUUGAUGGCUAAUUGGGGUAAAUAUUGACCUUCAAAAUACCAAUCAAUGCACAGAAAAUUAAGUUGAUAUGGUGAUAUUCUGUAUUGGCAAAACAAAUUGUGUGAUUUAGAAGAUAUUCAACUUAACAUCACUAUGCUGUUUAUGCAGAUCAAUUUCACUAUGCACGAUUGCAAACUAAUGUAGAGAACAGUUGUAAUUGUGCUUCUAUGUGUGGAUAUACAGAAAGUGUUUUAACUAAUUAUAAAUGACUUGACUUUUAUGUACCAGUACUGUUCCUAAAAUAUGUAUCUUUAAGGGAUAACAACCGUUCGUAAGAUAUCCAUAUUUCACAAUAAAUACAUUGUAAUUGACUCA